UUCCCUCUCUCACUCUUCAAAUCGCGCUAUCUUCUUUUUCACGCUUCCCUCUUUUAUCUCUAAACACACAACCCUCACUCGUUCCCCUCAUCCAAAGCAAUAAGCAUCUUUUGUCUUGAAAGUCUUAGAAAUGGCUACUAAUCUUCUUCCCUUGGGUCACGUCGCAAUUAGAGCCUCUGCUGCAACAGGUCCACGGAGAUCUGGUCCGAACCAUCGGAAAAACUCGUCCCCCUCGUCUUCCAACUGGUGGACCCCGCUUUUUGGGUGGUCCUCUGAGCCCGACUACAUUGGCUCUGAGAGUAAAGCGGAAGAUUUGCAGGAUAAAAGGGAGUCAGUUCUGGAGUCAAAAUCAAUGAGAUCUCGGUUUGCUCCAGGUUGCUUUACUGAGGAGAAGGCGAAACAGCUCCGCAUGUUGACUAAUGAUACGUCAUCCUUUCACGAUGCUAUGUAUCACUCAGCGAUCGCGUCUCGGCUGGCUUCAGACUUCAAAAACAAAUCCGAUCCGUAGUCCUCCGGCAACUAAGCCUUAUAACUCGAUAUUUAUGUAUUUCAUAUGUUUUAUUUUCGUUUUUUGUAGAAAUAGUUUUGCUAGUAGAACUUAAUCUGGCCUGCUAUAUGUUGAUGAAUGAUGAUCCUCUUCCUCUGUGA